AUGUCAUGUCGUUGGAGCCUCAGUCCACUGAAUUGCUGUAAAUCACAUCCGGUGUGGCGGGACUGUGCGAAAUCGCGAGGUUCAAACUUGAUAAUGGACCAGAGUCUCGAUGAUAUUAUCCAACAGAAGCGCAUCAGAGUAACUAGAGGUAAAGGUCGUGGACGCGGUCGCGGUGGUGAAUCUUUGCGAGGUGUCCGUCGUGGUGGAAUCGCGCGGCGAAACACAAAUGGAAUGUCACGAGCCUUACCUGACAAGUGGCAGCACGAUAUGUUCCAAGAUGGUCGUAGCCCCAAAGGAUCUGGUAAUACAGUUGGAAAUGCAGCGAGGCUUCACAUUUCAAACUUGGACUUUGGUGUUAACAAUGAUGAUAUAAAUGAACUUUUUCGUGAGUUUGGUGCAAUUCGAAAGGCUACUGUUCAUUAUGAUAGAAGUGGUCGUUCUCUUGGCACCGCAGAAGUCGUUUUCGUGAACCCACUAAGUGCAACAAAAGCCAAAAAUCACUACAAUGGUGUACCGCUUGAUGGGCGCCCAAUGGUCAUUCAGUUGGUCGGUGCAGGUUAGUCAACACACAGUCAGCCACGUCGACCAGGAAAUCACUUCCGUAGCAACUGUUGACUUCGUUACCAUUCAGUGAUGUUCCACCCUGUUUGGGAAGAUAGUGCUUCCAAACUGACGUGCUGCCAGUAUAUGUUUUUGUUGUUUUCUAUUGCUGGAAUGUCUAAAACUUGUAAUUCAUGGUGUUACCAACUAUGGAGCAAACCCACUUUCUCUCGGGGAUUUUCACCUGCAUCAUUUUUCAAAUGGUUGGACAUUGGCGAGGAGCGUAGUGGAAUUCGCCGUUGUCUCAAGGUUCUGGUAUUACCAUAAUCAUGGGCAGGGAGGUUUCCUUAGUUUUUCUUUAUUUUGUGGGUUUGAUUGAGUGUUGUCACAUGGGCACACUUGAUGCCUACCAUAUUAUGUGUUCUGGAAAAAUAUCUGCCAGAAGUAUAACAAAUAAUUGAGCUUAAAGUCCUAUAUUGGUACUAACGAACCUGAACCACGCAUAUAAUGAACUGAAGUUAAAUUUCAUUUCACUAAUAAAAUGGCAACAGUUUUGAUGUUAUUAAAGACUCACUAAUUGACGCGUAUUUUAUUCCUCAAGCUGUCGAAACUACUGUAACAUCACGUCCCCGCGUUACUCGCCCUCGUGGUUCACCGAUUCGUCGGGGUUUCGGACGUGGUCGGGGUCGUGCACGUGGUCGCGGAAGAAUUCAGAAACCUACAGUUACUAAGGAAGAAUUAGACGCACAGUUGGCUGCUUAUAAUGCUCAGCGUGCUUGAUCUAUUCUCACAACCUCUUGUUUUUGGAGUAGACUCGACAAAAUCUGUCAACUCUCCAAAUCUCUUGUCCCUAUUUAAUGUAUGUCUUUGAGUCCAUAUGAAAAAUAAAACAAUUUAUCAUAUAAAA